AUGUCUUCUUCAGGGUUAAACCUAGAAAAGUAUCGAAUUCCACUAGCAGAGAUCAUUCGUGCCACAGAUAACUUCAGUUCAAAAACAUUAAUCGGAGAUGGUGGAUUUGGUAUGGUUCACAAAGGUCAACUCUCUGAACUGUGGCAAAACCCUACAGUUGCCAUCAAACGCCUUGAUAGGAACGGCUAUCAAGGAAACAACGAGUUCCUUAACGAACUUGAGAUGGUUUCCAGUUUCCACCAUCCAAACAUAAUUCCUUUCAUCGGUUACUGUGAUGAUGGCAACGAAAUGAUCAUAGUGUACGAGUAUGCAGUUCAUGGAAGCCUCGAUCGUCAUCUCCAAGACCCGUAUAAGAGGCGUUUAAUAACAUGGACACAACGCCUGAAGAUUUGCUUAGGUGUAGCAAAAGGACUCAAGUACCUUCACUCAGGUGUUGGGGAGCACAAGAGAGUAAUACACAGGGACAUGAAGAGUGCUAAUAUACUGUUAGACGACAAUCUGGAAGCCAAAAUUUGUGAUUUUGGUUUAUCAAGAUUUGGUCCAAGAAAUCAACCAGUAACCCAACUCGUUACAAAGGCUUCGGGUACAAGGUUUUACAUGGAUCCUAUUUACAAUGAAAGAGGCAUUCUCCGGAAAGAAUCGGAUAUAUAUUCAUUGGGAGUGGUUCUAUUCGAAAUGUCUAGUGGGACACUCGCUUAUCAAGGACGAUGUUUUGGAGAUGAUGCUAAGCCACAAUAUCUAGUAAAUUUGGUCAGAUGUUACUAUGACGACGAUAGACUGGACGACGAGGUCGAUGACGGAUUAGACAAGUUAAUUGAUCCCUAUAUAAAGGAUCACAUUGAAAUGAGUUCUUUUAAUAUGUUUAACGAGAUUGCUCAUCAAUGCAUUAACAUCAAGUUAAAGGAACGCCCUACGAUGGAUAGGGUCAUCGAAGGGAUCGAAGAAGCGUUGAAUAUUCAAGAAAGAAACCCGAUCCUUACUGAGUGUGUUCUGAAAGAUAAAAUAUUCUAUCAAGGUAAACAUGUUGCUGGGUUUACCAUAUACAAAUGGCUCCACCGUUGGAAAUCUUUUGAAGCUGAAACAACUAGUGUUUUUGAGCAGCUUAUUAAGAUAAUUGAUGUAGCAAUCAAGGACUGUACUAGUGAGUAUACGAUUUAUUUGUCAUCAAAUGUGUUGACAUUGCUAUUUUUAAUCCAAGGAUGUCUAAAAUUUAAUGAUUCAAGUUUGGAGGGGUUUGGAGUAUCCCCAUCUCGUGUAAGCUUUGUUAAGUUCGCAUCUGAACUUGAGGAGGCACAACAAAUUGAAGCCAAAUAUCCAACUUUGCUUUUCAAGAAACAGCUUACAACAUACAUAGAGAAAAUGUAUGGAAUCAUUUGUUAUAACAUGAAGGUGGAGUUAAGAUCAUUAGUCACCAUUUGUAUUGAUCAGGCUCCACAAACAGCCACGCAAGUGCAAAUAUUCGCAUGGUCUGACGAUGAAGAUUCUCAGCCUAGUGAUCAAACCAAUAAUUGGGAAGCCAUAGUUGAUUUUCUCAACACUCUUCUCAACACACUAAAAGAAAAUUUUAAUACACAGAUGUCAAUUGAAUCAUUUGCCAUUCAGUAUCCAUGUCAUUGUCAUUGA